GGUGGUUCCAAGAUCUUGCUCAGAAUGACGUUAGGGAGAGACGUGCGGUCUCCUCUUCAGACAGUGUCUUCCUUCACCGCAGCCGGCAGAAAUGUCUUACGGUGGGAUCUGUCCCCAGAGCAAAUUCAAACAAGGACUGAGGAGCUCAUCGAGCAAACCAAACAGGUGUACGAUGUUGUUGGCAGGCUCCCCAUGGAGGAAGUCACUUACGAGAACUGUCUGCAGGCCCUGGCAGACAUAGAAGUGAAAUAUAUAGUGGAGCGAACCAUGCUAGAUUUCCCCCAGCACGUCUCCUCCGACAAAGAAGUACGGGCGGCAAGUACAGAAGCAGACAAGAGACUUUCUCGGUUCGAUAUUGAGAUGAGCAUGAGAGAAGAUAUAUUCCAGAGAAUCGUUCAUCUACAGGAGACCUGUGAUCUGGAGAAGAUAAAACCUGAAGCCAGAAGAUACUUGGAAAAAUCCGUUAAAAUGGGGAAAAGGAACGGGCUUCACCUUCCAGAACAAGUGCAGAGCGAAAUCAAAGAAAUGAAGAAAAGAAUGAGUGAGCUAUGUAUUGACUUCAACAAAAACCUCAAUGAAGAUGACACUUUCCUGAUAUUUUCCAAGGCAGAACUGGGUGCUCUUCCUGAGGAUUUCAUUGAUAGUUUAGAGAAGACAGAUGAUGACAAGUAUAAAAUUACCUUAAAAUAUCCCCACUAUUUUCCUGUCCUGAAGAAAUGUUGUGUGUCUGAAACCAGAAGGAAGCUGGAAAUGGCUUUUAAUACAAGGUGCAAAGAGGAAAACGCCGUAAUUCUUCAGCAUCUACUUCCACUGCGGGCCAAAGUAGCCACGCUCCUUGGCUAUGACACACACGCGGACUUUGUACUUGAAACGAACACUGCAAAGAGCACAGGCCAUGUAGCAGCCUUCCUAGAUGAUUUAAGCCAGAAAUUGAAACCCUUGGGUGAGGCAGAACGAGAAUUUAUUUUGAAUCUGAAGAAAAAGGAGUGUGAAGAGAGAGGUUUGGAAUAUGAUGGGCAGAUCAAUGCCUGGGAUCUCCAUUACUACAUGACUCGGACCGAGGAACUCAAGUACUCCCUGGACCAAGAAAUCCUCAAGGAAUACUUCCCAAUCGAUGUGGUCACAGAAGGCUUACUGCACAUCUACCAGGAGUUGUUAGGACUUUCCUUUGAGCAAGUGACAGAUGCUCAUGUUUGGAAUAAAAGUGUUACUCUUUACACUGUGAAGGAUAAAGCUACAGGGGAAGUGUUGGGACAGUUCUACUUGGACCUCUAUCCAAGGGAAGGGAAGUACAGCCACGCCGCCUGCUUUGGCCUGCAGCCGGGCUGCCUUCUCCCCGACGGCAGUCGGAUGAUGUCGGUGGCCGCCCUGGUGGUGAACUUCACCCAGCCCGCGGCGGGCCGCCCUUCCCUCCUGCGGCACAGCGAAGUGAGGACGUACUUCCACGAGUUUGGCCACGUCAUGCAUCAGAUUUGCGCACAGACCGACUUCGCCCGCUUUAGUGGGACAAAUGUAGAAACGGACUUUGUGGAGGUGCCAUCCCAAAUGCUGGAAAACUGGGUAUGGGACCCUGAUUCUCUCCGAAGACUGUCAAAGCAUUAUAAAAAUGGGAGCCCUAUUACGGAUGAUCUGCUUGAGAAACUUGUUGCUUCCAGGCUGGUCAACACAGGUCUUCUGACCCUACGCCAGAUUGUUUUAAGUAAAGUUGACCAGUCUCUCCACACCAACACGUCUCUGGAUGCUGCAAAGGAAUAUGCCAAAUACUGCACAGAGAUUCUAGGUGUUUCAGCUACUCCAGGCACAAAUAUGCCAGCCACUUUUGGACAUUUGGCAGGGGGGUAUGAUGGCCAAUACUAUGGAUACCUUUGGAGUGAAGUGUUCUCCAUGGACAUGUUUUACAGCUGCUUUAAAAAAGAAGGGAUCAUGAAUCCAGAGGUUGGAAUGAAGUACAGAAACCUAAUCCUGAAGCCCGGGGGAUCUCUGGACGGCAUGGACAUGCUCCAGAAGUUCUUGAAACGUGAGCCAAACCAGAAAGCGUUCCUAAUGAGCAGAGGCCUGCAUGCUCCCUAAAGCAGGAAUCUCUGGUAGCAGUCCAUGUCUGCAGGACACGUCGACAGCGCCAUGUGCACUGGCCUAGAAACAGAAGGGAGUUGUGCGAAUGAAGAGCUACAUUUCUAUUGACUUGGCUUUGGUUUGGGGGUUUUUGUUUUUCUAAUUUAAAAAAUGAUCCAGAUGCCAGUGGAAUUACAAAUACUGUGACCUAAGAAAAAACUUACUAAAGAAUAACUUGUACUAUAAAAUUCAUAAAAAAUGGAUUCAAGUUCUUUUUAUAAACGUUUCAUAUGACUGUAAUUUGAUUUUUCUACUAUGAUAAUCCAGAUAAUAUAAUGUAAGAGAGCUAAGAAUUUUUAAAUUGAAUCAUAUACAUGAUAUCAUUUGAUCCUUCUUAUAUUUUGAAGUUUUGUAUUUGGAAUUUCUGAAUUGAUAAAUAAGUCACCACAUAUUCCUCUGGUAAAUAUUUUCUUGGACCCUAUAUCAACUUGGAUUUCUUUCUCGCAGUACAGAUGACCUCUUUGCUUGUAUACUUGUGACCAAGUAAUACAUUCAUCUUUGUCUGUCAGGACUCAUGAUUUACAACGUUCUGCCACAUUUGAAUGAGGUGCCUCCUUUUGGGUUUGUCUAUAGCCCAGUCAGAGAGUAAUAAGCAAUGUCAAGUGUUAACAGAACUGGCCUAAUAUACACAGCAAGUUCACUGUCUUGUAUUAGAGGAUUAGCCACUCCCUGCUGCUGUAUACAAGACUACCACCUUUUAAUAUACUUGCUGGAUUAAAACAUUUAAAGCAAGUCCAAAUAUAUAUUUCUGGUCUCACUUUUUAACAAAGCCAUAAGGACUUUGCCUCUUUUAUGAGCCAGUUCACCCCAACUGUCGGGUAGACAUGUCACCAAUGGCUAUUUCAAGUGUUAUGGGGAAAAAGCUAAUGCUGAUGUGGGUACAAAGAGUUCUGAAAUUCCUGAUGAGGAGCAGGUUCUGCACAGAAGCAUGUGAAGCCAGCUCCUCCAGACCCCAUGGGAAAGAGGCUCACUGGUAGCUUGUUUUGUCCGGUGAUUUUUUCUUUCUUUUGUAAAGCAGACCUUUGGAUAUCUAUAACUCUCUUUACUACAGACCCACGUUUCAAUUCUGCAAGAGAUCAGUAAGCUCACAGUAUUUCUUCUCUAGAAAUCUAUUCAGAAAGGAAGCCAAGGUAUGUAUGAUCAUCCAAAAACAAGCCCCUCAAAACAAACCUUUGAAUAUGCUUUGUUUAGAUCGUCCGGCUGUUUCCCAGUAUGUAUCCGAGGAGUUGCUUUACUGACCAAGGGAAAAAAUAUUGAACCUUCCUAAUCAUUUGUCCAAAUAGAUGUUGAUUAUAUUAAAGAAAAAUUAUAAUGCUAAGUAAUGCAUAGACUGCAGGAAAAACGAAGAAUUCUAGAGACCCAGAGGAAAUUCUAAGAUGAUGAUUGCUAAGCAGAUAGUUUAAACUUCCACAUGAAACCCCACCCUCUCUCCUGAGACAGUUUGUCCCUCCUGUCAUUCCCCUCACAUAGUCCAACAUCCCCACCUGUGAUCGCCAAAGCUGCUGUGGUGGUCUUAGCAACCUACAGUAGUUUUCCUGAAUCUUUUUGUUAUUGUUGUUGUUCUAGACUGUCUGUCUUCCAAUUUCAACAAAAACUCUUCAGCUUUUUCUCUUACCUAAUGUGUUGGCCUAACAAUAACUAGUUAUUUUAAAUCUUAAUUUCACAUGGGAAAACUAGUGAUUGCUGCAUACAAUAAAGUUACAUUGUCACCCAUGAAAA